AUGCAUUGGAGAAGAGGCGAACCAGUUGUGGUUAAAAAUGUCCUAAAAAAGACAUGUGGACUUAGCUGGGAACCAAUGGUGAUGAUGCGAGCUUUUAGGAACGCUAAAAAAAGGUUAAAUGAGGAAAAUCAAUGUGUCAAAGCUAUCGACUGUUUGGACUGGAAUGAGGAACCUAAACCUAAGAAACAGUCCGCUCCUACAGCUAAAAUUGGAUCGAAUAAAAAACCUGUUAGUAAACCUGUAAGUAGUUCAGAUGAAUCUGAAUUUGAAUAUGAAUCAUCGAAUGAUAGUGAUUCAUCAGAUGAAGAAGUGAGUCAGAGUGUAAAUCUCUUGGCACUUGGAUACAGAGGCGCCAAAAAAAGCCAGCUGCUGUUGCCAAGAAUGGUACUGCUGCAGCCACCAAGAAAGCCAAGUGAAGUGAUGCGUCUGAUUUAG